AUGGGUGACAUCGUGGAAGCAAAGGAUGUGCUAAAGCCCAGCAAAGCUGCCGAUGCAAAGAAGAGGAAUGGGUUGAUUAAUACCAGGAACUUGGUGGCUGAGGGCAGGGAUGGCUUGGUGUCCGUGUACCCGACCCCCCAGUAUCAGAGUCGGCAGGUUGGGACUCUCUAUUCUCCAAGUUUCCGCAGGAACGACCCCAUGCAGCAACUCCUGGACCCCAAUGCUCUGCCCCAGACCGUGGAAUCCUGCUACCACCCCAACAUCAUCCUGUACUCGGAGAGCAUGCUGCGAUCGUGGGGGGAGAGCGUCAGCGCAGAGUGCUGCGAGACCACCUUCAUUGAGAGCAGGUCGCCCACCAAAGACAGCUUGGAGUACUCCGACGGCAGAUUUGUCAGCCUGUCCACAGAUGAGAUCAAGAUUCACGCCCUCUCCUACGACCUGGACGAAGAAGAUGAUUUCCAGGAGCUCGAGAGCGAUUACUCAAGCGACACAGACAGCGAAGACCACUUCCUCGUGAUGCCUCCCAGGGACCAUCUUGGCCUCAGCGUCUUCUCCAUGCUCUGUUGUUUCUGGCCAUUGGGAAUCGCCGCCUUCUAUUUGUCACAUGAGACAAACAAAGCCAUUGCUAAAGGAGACUUCCACCAAGCCAGCUCCAGUUCACGGCGAGCCCUCUUCUUGGCUGUGCUGUCCAUCACAAUUGGGACGGGCAUCUACGUAGGGGUCGCUGUGGCUCUCAUAGCCUACCUGUCGAAAAACAAUCACUUCUGA